AAUGGCAGAACCUGGCCCAGAGUCGGCGGAUCGCCCUGAAGGAGCGCCGCCAUAUUUUUCUUUCGGGGUGAUAGGAGACGUCCAACACAGCACUAAGCCCAACGGGCCGGGCCCAUGGGGAACCAUUAGAUACUUCCAGCAGAGUCUCCCCCACCUGCAGCAGGCCAUCGAAGAGUGGGGCCGGGAGGAGCCUCGGCCUAAAUUUGUAUUACAGCUCGGAGAUAUCAUCGACAGGUCCAACGGUAGGUUGGGCAGAUCGCAGGAGGCGCUGGACACGGUUCUGAAGGACAUUGAAGAAGCAGAUAUUCCUUUUCAUCACGUCUGGGGGAACCACGAGCUCUACAACUUCGAUCGGGAUUUCCUGAGACAGUCAAAGCUGAACACCUCGGGGAUGCAGGACAACCCGCUGGGUGGUGGAAGCCAUGAUGAGGAGACCAGCAGUCCUCCGGACUACUACGCGUAUCACUUCAGUCCUCACUCCAAAUUCCGCGUCAUUGUGGUGGACACCUAUGACCUAAGCCUCAUUGGCAGGAAGACGGACAGCCAGGGAUAUCGGGACUCUAUAGAUUUUCUCGAAAGAGUUGAACAAGAAAACCGUGGAAAAGACUCCAAUAUCCACCUGGUAGACUUUAAUGGCGGUCUUGGCUCUAAGCAACUCUCAUGGCUUGAUAAAGUCCUCACAUACUGUGACCAACACAACGAGAGGGUCAUUAUUGCCGGUCACGUUCCAAUCCACCCCAAAGCCAAACCCUCUAACUGCCUGGCCUGGAACUAUAAAGAGAUCCUCCGAGUCAUCGAGUCACAUGGGAGUGUGGUGUGUUACUUCGCUGGACAUGACCACGGCGGGGGCUAUCACCGGGACUCGCACGGCAUUCACCACGUCACCAUGGAAGGGGUCGUCGAGUCCCCCCCUGACAGUAAUGCGUUUGGGACGCUGGAUGUUUAUGAAGAGGGAAUGGUCCUCCGGGGCAGAGGAAGAGUGAAGAGCCGGGUCCUCCUCCAUCGGGGGACACGGCCGGCCUGUUGCUGUCUCCCGGCUCGUCCGAGCACACAGGGUGACGGCUGCAUCGGGCAGACCUUCAUUGUCAGAACCUCAGCACUCGGUCCUCACGUUGUGAUUGCGCCGGGGUUCAUGGUUCACGCUUGCGCAAUCAAUGGAACCGGGAAUGUUUUGGAAGGAUUUGGGCCAUCGGAAUCUGGAUGA